AUGGGCGACCCAUCGAGUGCCCAGCAGCCCGACGCCGACACGAUCAAGAUGUUUGUUGGCCAGAUCCCUCGCGCCUGGGGUGAACAGGAGUGCCGGCAGGUGUUCGAGAAGUACGGCGGGGUGCACACGCUGAACGUGUUGCGGGACAAGCAGACGCAGAUGAGCAAAGGCUGCUGCUUCGUCACGUUCUACCACCGGAAGGACGCCAUCAACGCGCAGGCGGCGCUGCACAACAUCGAGGUGAUGCCCGGGAUGCACCAUCCGGUGCAGAUGAAGCCGGCUGAUAGCGAGAAUCGGAAUGAGCGCAAACUCUUCGUGGGCAUGAUCUCAAAAAAACUAAACGAAGACGACGUCAAGGAGAUGUUCGCCCAGUUCGGCCAUAUCGAGGAGUGCACCGUACUCCGGGACGGCGACAACCGAAGCAAAGGUUGUGCCUUUGUCACCCUGUCCUCGCGGAGUUGUGCCCAGAAUGCUAUCAAACAGAUGCACCACUCGCUCACCAUGGAGGGCUGCAACUCCCCCAUCGUAUGCAAAUUUGCUGACACGACCCGCGACAAGGACGGAAAAACGAAAGGACCGACCCCACAGGGCGGAGACGUCUCCCCAGCCCUUCAACAGCAACAACAGCAAAACCUCCUCGGCCAGCUCGGAGGCGCCGGUGGUCAACAACAGCUGCAGAUGCUGCAAGCUCUCUCCGCCCUGCUCCAACCCCAGCCUGGUGUUGCUCAGCAGCCAAACGUGCUCAGCUUGCUGGGAAAUGUGCUGACCGGUCUGUCGCGACUGACGGAGAACUCGGCUGGGGCUGGCCAACCCGUGGCCCCGGUCUCCUCACAGCCCUCAGGGCUCGUCGACCCCCAGGCUCUUCUCGGCCAGCAGCUGCCCGUCCAAUUCCAGCCGGCCGUCCAGCCACAACCCCAAAUGGUGCAGCAGAUGGCCUUCCAGCAACAACUCCAAAUGCAGCAGCAGCCGGCCCUCGCCAUGGAGGGCAAAAACAUGUACGGCUACGCGGCGUUUGCCGGCGCCCCCGCAACGCAGAACGGGCCGCCAAAAGCAGCAUCACCUCCCUGCCUCCCACCGCAGAUGCUCGGCUUCAGCGGGAUGCCCGCCCAGUCGAUCUACCAGCAGAUGACCACCCCCGAUGCCGCAUACUAUCACGCAGCAGCACUUGCAGCAGCUGAACAACAGGCAGCCCUGACUCAACUCGCCGCCGCAGCCCCUGGCGCGAAUCCCGGGAUUGUGGGCAAUGGCCAAUCGAAGGGGCCCGAUGGAAGCAAUUUGUUCAUCUACCAUUUGCCGCAAGAGUUCACCGACGCCGAUCUUGUGACGACGUUCAGCCCGUUCGGGACCAUCAUCUCCGCCAAGGUGUUCAUCGACAAACAGACGAAUCUGAGCAAAUGUUUCGGUUUUGUCUCGUUUGACAAUCACCUCUCCGCUGCUAACGCGAUUUCUGCCAUGAACGGCUUCCAGAUUGGCAGCAAGCGGUUGAAGGUCCAACUGAAGAACGCCAAAUCAAAGCCUUAUCCGAUGGGUCCCGGCGGGAAUGCCCCAGGACCUUCUCGCAACGACACCACCGGAUCAGCCCCAGGACCUUCUCGCAACGACACCACCGGAUCAGCCCCAGGACCUUCUCGCAACGACACCACCGGAUCAGCCCCAGGACCUUCUCGCCACGACAACGACGACGCCAUCGACAUUGGAAUCGACAUCGCCAACAACAUGGACAUCGACGAGAUCGACAACGGCAACAUGGACAACGACAACGACGGCGACGAGGAUUGGGCUGCUAUCAUGAAUGAUGAAUCGGAGAUGGCGAAGAUCAAGCACUACCGCAUCACCAAGAAGCAGUUCGAUAAGGUCCUGGACAUGGAGUACGAGUACAAAUUUGACGUCGAGCUCCAACAGAUGUCUUUUUCAAAGUCGAUGGAUUGCGAUCGUCCCCUUUCCCCCGAAAUUCUCAAGCAGCUGAUCGAGGGCGUGAUGAUCGAGACUGUCGGAUUCACAAAAGAUCUCGAGGGAUUUGCCGCCCAGGUCACCUUGUUGUACACCGACAGUAAAUGGUUUCUUUGGGGCUUCGCAUUUUUGGAUCCACAGGACGCGGUGUGCAACAGAGAUCCGAGGUCAUUCUUCCGAAUUACCCCGACUGGAGAAAGGAUUCACAACAAACCCCUCUCCUACUCCGCUACGGUAAAAAUCACGGGCCACAAACUGCUUAUGCAGUCGAUGUACGCGUACCCGGACAUCAACGACGUCGAAAAUUGCGUCCUGUACCAGUUGACGGACGGUCCAACAGUUCCUGAAAUUUGGUUCCAUGGCUGCCCAUUUGGCACAUGCACCAGCACGGCCAUGAAAUCCCUUGCCGAUCUCCAACUUCGAGCUGCACACGCAUUGGGAUUCAUUUAUCGGAACACCAAGAUUCGUUCAUGGCACUACGAAGAAGAUGGCGUGACCAAGAUCUAUAACGCCACUCACCAAAAAAUGGGUUUCAUUGAUCAGCACAGCGUGAUUAUGCAAAACUUUGUCCGAGCUGAUAAUAUCAGGCUCAUUGCACUAACGGCAUAUGGACUCUCAGAUGGAUUCAAAUUCACGAAGGACGGCUGGAAAUUGAAGCAGACUCGAAAAGGCCGAGAAACGUUAGCCGAAUACGAGGGAAGCCCGGUUUACACGCUAGCUCUCAUCUAUUGCUUAGCUGGAAACGGUGCUAUUCUCGACAAGGAUUCGUACAGGACGAUAAAGUUCUGGAACGGGAUCUUCGAUUCCUAUCCCCAGUACUUUAUGCCUAGAUUCCCGGUUCCAUAUUGGGAUGAAAACGGGCCCGAGCCGAGAAUGGAUGAUGAGGAGAAGGCAAAAUUGCUCUCUGUGAAGCCGUUCUGUCCUCAUCAGCAUGCCAAGAAGAUGAUGGCUGCUCCCAACUUGAAGUCGUCAACGGACUUUCCAAUGGCCUCAACGAGAAGGCUGACAAAAAGCGAACUAAAGAAAAAACUGGUUGAGCCCCCGCGAAACCAAUUUGAUCCAGUUCAGUUUGAUGACAGCAAGACCGACGAGGACAUCGAGGACGAGGACAUCGAGGACGAGGACGACGAGACCGGCAACGACACUGGCGACGACGAGGACAUCGAGGGCGACGAGACCGGCAACCUGGACGACGACGAGACCGGCAACCUGGACGACGAGGACAUCGAGGACGACGAGGACAUCGACCCAGACGACAUCACGGCCGAAGAAGAAAGAGAGAUGGACGAGGAGAUGGCGAAGAACCUUGCUGAAUUGGAAAUA